CGUCGGUCGAUGACGCUGUUGGACGGCGAGCGAUUGGCCAAAGGGACAUGUCAGCAGCUGGGGAACCGGCUGCCCCAGUCGCGGUGACACGGAGGCAGCCGGGCCCCAAGGGAACUGUCGCCGGUUGCUGUGGCGCAGUUUGAAACCCCGCUUCGGACCUGGGCCGUCGGUCGCUGAGCCAGGCGCCCGGGGCAGCAGCCGCAGCCGGGGGAGGAUGGAGAGGGGCAGAGUCUGGCGGAGGCCCCGGUGCUGAGAGAGUGGCUCAGCCCAGUUAUGAUCCAAGUGAGCUGCAUUGGCUGGUUAGAGUGAAUAUUUAAUAAUGAGUGGAGCAGCUUUGGGUAUCGAGAUAAUAUUUGUCUUUUUUCUGGCUUUAUUCAUACUUCAUCGGUAUGGAGACUUCAAGAAACAACAUAGACUUGUGAUCAUAGCAACACUGCUGGCUUGGUAUCUCUGCUUUCUUAUAGUAUUUAUAUUGCCUCUGGAUGUUAGUACGACUAUAUACAAUCGAUGCAAACUUGCUGUUAACUCCAGCCCACCAGAAAGCAGCAGCAGCAACAACAUCAUCAUCAAUGGAUCUUACCCUACUUCUGCUCCAAGAAAACAUAGGUGUUCCAAACCAUGGAGUUAUAUCCCUGAUGGAAUUAUGCCAAUCUUCUGGCGUGUAGUAUACUGGACAUCACAGUUCUUAACCUGGAUACUCUUACCUUUCAUGCAGUCGUAUGCUAGAUCAGGAGGGUUCUCCAUUACUGGAAAGAUUAAAACUGCAUUGAUUGAGAAUGCAAUCUAUUAUGGCACUUACUUGCUGAUUUUUGGAGCAUUUUUAAUAUACGUGGCUGUAAAUCCAAAUUUCAAUCUACAAUGGAACCAGCUUCAGACAAUUGGGAUAGCAGCUGCCAACACCUGGGGUCUUUUCCUUCUUGUGUUGUUGUUGGGGUAUGGUUUGGUGGAAAUUCCACGUUCUCACUGGAAUGGAGCAAAAAGGGGGUACCUUCUUAUGAAGACUUAUUUCAAGGUUGCCAAACUGAUGACUGAAAAAGCAGAUGCAGAGGAGAACUUAGAGGAUAUUAUGGAGGAAGUCCGUAAAGUGAAUGAGAGUAUCAAGUAUAAUCACCCUUUGAGAAAAUGUGUUGAUACAAUAUUGAAAAAGUGUCCUACUGAAUACCAGGAAAGAAUGGGUAGGAACAUGGAUGACUAUGAAGAUUUUGAUGACAGGCAAAACAACUAUCCAAGUGAGAAAAGUCUGGUCAAACUUCACAAACAGGUAAUUUAUUCAGUUCAGAGACACCGUCGUACGCAGGUGCAGUGGCGAAUUCUUUUAGAACAAGCAUUCUACUUGGAGGAUGUGGCGAAAAAUGAAACGAGUGCAACUCGUCAGUUUGUUCAUACUUUUCAGUUCCAAGAAUCUGAAAACAGAAUUACCCGAUAUUUCUACACACCAACUGUUGAAUGGUACUGGGAAUGUCUCCUUCGGCCAUGGUUUUACAGAAUUCUUGCUAUUGUUUUGGCCACAUUCUCUGUAAUUGUUGUGUGGUCAGAGUGCACAUUUUUCAGCACUAAUCCAGUUCUGUCCUUGUUUGCUGUCUUCAUACAACUGGCAGAAAAAACGUACAACUAUAUGUGCAUAGAGAUGGCUUGCUUCCUUACCAUCUUCUUCUUAAGUAUCUGUGUUUACUCAACUGUCUUCAGGAUUCGUGUAUUUAAUUAUUAUUAUUUAGCUUCGCACCAUCAGACUGAUGCAUACAGUCUCCUUUUCAGUGGCAUGUUAUUCUGCCGUUUAACUCCACCACUGUGUCUGAAUUUCUUGGGUUUGACUCACAUGGAUUCAUCAAUCUCUCACAAAAACACUCAGGCAACUGCAUAUACAUCAAUAAUGGGCUCCAUGAGAGUGUUGUCUUUCAUUGCAGAUGGGUUUUAUAUAUAUUAUCCCAUGCUGGUUGUCAUUCUCUGUAUUGCUACUUACUUCAGCUUAGGAACUCGUUGUUUGAAUCUGCUGGGGUUCCAACAGUUCAUGGGAGACAAUGAAAUGACCUCUGACUUUAUUGAUGAAGGAAAGGAGUUAAUCAGAAGAGAGAAAAGAAAACGGCAAAGGCAGGAAGAAGGUGAAAAUAGAAGAAGGGAAUGGAAAGAGCGAUAUGGAAACAGCCGAGAAGAUUCCACUAGAAAUAGAAAUGUUCACCCAGACCAAAAAGAAUCUAGUUUCUCAGAGACCAACGCAAGCAGACCCAUGUCUAAGUAUACCAGGUCAAAUGGCAGGACCGAAAGGGAUAGAAUAGAACUCCUCCAAGAUGCGGAACCUUUGGAUUUUAAUGCGGAUUCAGUUAGUGAUGAUCCUCUUGAUCAUCCUCUUGACUCAGGAAGGUAUCAGCCUGGUGGAAGGUAUUUAUCAAUGUCACGAAGCCGAAUAUUUGAUGAUGUCUAAUCCCUUCAUAGUUUAUGAAAACUUAAUAGAAAUCAAAGUCUGCUACUCAUUAUUUGAAAAACACUGUAACAUUUCUGAACCAAAAAGACCUUUUUCUUUAAUAAAAAAAUUGUGGAAAAUAAAGGAACAAUAAUAGUUAGAAAUGCACCUUGUAUAAUAACUUACUUACCAUGGGUUAGAGAAUACACCUCUUCCCCAAUAUAACGCAGUCCUCGGGAGCCAAAAAAUCUCACCGCCUUAUAGGUGAGACUGCAUUAUAUCAGGUUCGGUCCAGCUCCCCCAGUGGGGAUUUAAAGGGCCCAGUGCUCCAGCUGCUGCGGGGAGCCACGGUCCUUUUAAAUCACCGCCGGAGCUCUGGCAGCGGGGCUCGGGUGGGGAUUUAAAGGGCCUGGGGCUCCACACGAAUUCAGAUAUAACACAGUAAAGCAGCGGGGCUCAGGUGGCCCUUUAAAGGGCCAGGGGCUCCCCGCUGCUUUACCGCAUUAUAUCCGAAUUCGUGUUAUAUCGGGUCGCUUUCUAUUGGGGUAGAGCUGUAUUUGUAUUAACAGGCAUUGUUACACAGGGUGGGGUGGGUUUUGUUUUGUUCUUGGGGAGGCAAUAAAAUAAUUUUAAAAACCCUCGUUUAGUUAGCUAAAGGUGAACAUAGACUAAACAUGCAAAUAGGGCUCAAAUUGAACUAUAACUUAAGGUUUGGGGAUGGAUUUUUUUGUUGCUUUUGUUUUUAGUUUUGGAAGGAAUGUUUUUUUUUAAAAGAUGAUCUUAGAAAUAUAAUGUAGUUUUUAGUCAUCCUAAGUGAAAAGUUAAAUGAAGUACUGUAUUACACACUGUUAUUAAACAUCUUGUGAUUUGAAUUUUGCGCCUGAACCAGAGUCCACUGAAGUGAAAAGUCUUCCAUUGACUUCAGUGGCCUUUGCAUCAGGCCCUUUGUGAAUAGAAGGGAUCGAAAGGCAAUUCUGUAUACACGCGCUGGCAUAAAAUGUGGAAGGCUUACACAUCAGUCAUAAAAUCUGGAAUUUUUUCUCUUUCAAUAUUAUAUGCAGUUAAAUGGUAGCAUGUAUAAUUAAGAUUAAAUAUAAACAUAACUAUUUUUGCUAUCACUGUCAUUCAAGCAUGUGUGCAAUGACAGGAAUGCAUCUGGUGGCUGUUUAAGAAGACUUUUUACAGUAGUAGCAGUUGAAAAUCUUGGUGUAAGAGAAAUUUUAAUGUGAAAUUUAUCAGUUUUAAAUUAUAAUGUUACAGUUUUUCACAAACGUCUAGCACAGUGUAAAACUGGAGCUUUCCAUUUGAAGACGUGAACUAUGUAGCAUGAAUCAUUGUUGCUAAAUGCUUUUGACAUCACAACUGCACUGCACCAAGGUAUCUGUGUUUUUAAGGUACCUAUAUUUUGCAAUAAGUAGGCUCUUCAUUGCAAAAAGAAGUGCUUAUUCAUGCAAAUAAACACCAUAAAAAAUGCCAGUGAAUAACAGUGGAAAAAAUGCUGUCAUGCAAAUGAUUUUUGGGGGGAAAUAUGCUCAACUUAAAUUUUGCUUUGUUUGCAAUUUUCAGCCAAAGUUAGGUUAUAAGUUGACAUUUUUUUAAUCAUUUAGGAGUUUUCUCUUUGCAAAAUUAUGGUGAAAGCUGAAGCAUUAGAUCUCAUAACUAUUUUUCUUUUUCAUACUUGAAAGAUAGGCAACUCCUAAAACAUCUAGAAAUGGGAUUACACUGAAAAAUAGGUUUUCAUGGAUGAGGUGUUCCAUUUAGUAAUGGUCUGUUUUCUAAAAUCUGUGUUAAUGUGAUUCUAACCUGCUUUAAUGAAUAAUAAUUCAGAAGUUCAGAAAAUAAUACUACUUGUAGUGUAUUCUCUGCUUAUUUACAAUGAUUUGAGUAACUAUUUUGAAGGAUAGUGAAAUUCUGGUCCACUUCUAUAGAACCCAUUACGUAAAUAAAUAGACCUAUAAUAGCAGAUUAACUCUGAAUCAUUUCUUUAGAUACAUGUACUGUUCCUACUGAAAUCAGUGGGAACCUCAUUUGCAUCCAAGCGCAUAAAUUAUCUCUUAAAAGUGGGCCUGGAAGAAUUUUUUUCAAAAAGUGUUCUGGAGUUUGGGGAGUUCCUGCUCCUGUGUGUGUGGUUUUUUUUUUAACUUUAGAAAUCCAGGUCUUGUGUUCCCUGGAAGACUGGUGCUGUCAUUAGUUCUCCAAUGAUCAAAGACUAAAGCUGAACAAUUGAGAGUAAAGAAUUUUUUUAUUGUCGGUCUUUAUGUUAACACCUGUUUAACUCCAAUAACAAACAUUUUGGAGAAAGGAUCUUUAUUAAAUUCUCUCUAUCCCUCCUCUUCAAUCAAAGUAUGAUUACUGAAAAUACACAGGCUCUUUGGCACAUUCUCCUCCUCCUUUAAGUCUUCCAGCAAAACCAUGUGAGACUAGAUUUGGCAUUCCUAUUUUUAAAACAAUAAUACCUAAAGACCUGAAGGCUUGUUUUUAAACUUCAUAAAGAAGCCCUCCCCCCCACACCCCGCCCCCCUCAAAAGCACAAGCUCUUUAUUAAUGCAUUACAAGUCACAUUGAAGGGGAUCUAUUCUUAGUUCCACUGCUUUUAAGGAGAGAGAGAGAGAAUAAACUUCAUAGAAGGAAUACUGGAUACUCAUGAAGAGCCUGAUCCAGAUGUCAUUGUGAAAAUAGAACCUAGCCCUAAUGAGAGCUGCUCUUGCAAUCAUUUAAGUCAAUGGAAGUUUUCUUUGACUUCAGUGGGAGCAUGGUCAGACCCUUAUUAUAAGAACAUUAACUAGACCCCAUGUCUGGAUUCCCACUGAUAAUUUUCAAAGUAGAGCAUAAGCAUUUAGCCAGGUGACUCUAAUGUUAGUGGGACUCCAGUGAAUAAAACAUAAACCCCAACGUGGAAUUUUAACCCCCUAACUGUGGUGGGAAUUUCCUAGGUUUUGUUGUCUACUCCACGUGAUGGUGCAAUGAACUGAUUGUCUAGGGAUUGUCCAUAAAGCAUAGGAGUAGUUGCAUCACUGAUAGGAUGUUUUGUAUUAAAAUGUUGCUUUCAGAGUUUCACUAGGUUUUGAUUGUUAGCUAGAUGAUUGGGGUGAGAUUCUGAUACCACUGAAGAUAAUGGCAAAACUCGCAUUGACUUUUAAAACCAACAGUUGGAUUUUUAAUAAACAUCCUUGUACUAAUUAAUUUACACUCAGUUUGAAAAAGAAUUCUGUAUUGUUUCCGUGAAUGUAAACCUGGAAGAUAUAUCAGUGUUACCAUUUUGUGAGAGGACACAAUUGUGUAAGUACAUACUGUUUACUGAUAGAGUAAUUUAUUUUACUUGGUAAAUCUCAAAAAUAUGUAUAUAUUAUGUUCCUGUGCCACUAACACUCAAAAUUAGAAAGUCCAAAAAUAAUUGCAUUGUAAACUGUACUGUGAUUUGGGAGUCUGAACAAUAAGAUGUAUUUAUGCUGCCACUACAUAAACAUACUUAUUUGCAACUAAAGAGUAUGUAAAUCAUAUUUUCUUAUAAACUAAAAUAUCACUAUAUUAAAUUACAAGUAAUAUACACUUCCUAUCUUGCAUCAUGUUUUUCACACUGUUUGAUUUAUAAUUGUGAAAUAUGCCAAAAAAGUAGCAAGUUAAAUAAAAACUGUUUGGAUGCUGUCA